CGAGACGCUUAUAGACCUUCUUGAUCUCAGCCUGGCUGGCGCUCCUGGUCACUCCCAAGAUUUUGUACGGGUCCAUCUCCGGCCCGGCAUGGGUCGCUCCUGUGAGCAGCACUGAGAGGACCACCACUACAGCCAGCGGCACAGACAUCUUGGACGCUGCCAUCACAGAAACCUUUUAACACAUCACGAGAAAGUAGAUUCAUUCCGAGGACGAUCAGACCUUUUUAAAUCUCGACACAGUAUUUAAUUUAGCCGACUUGCUUAAUCUAACACAGCCUUUCCUCCAAACUGACGCUAGCAGAGUAACGUCAAUGAUGACAUGAUGAAGACAACCGGGGUGGCUAAAUAAAAAUGACAUUAUAGCAUGCUAACUACAGAAGCUAGGUAGUAUAUGUCGACUAAGUAAGACAGCAACAGACAUUACGUGAUCAUAAUCCUGUCUGGGCUGUGGCGUUAACGUUAUUCCUCGCGGGUGGAAACGUUCGCACAGCUGUUUUUUUUUAAUAUUUUCAUUGUGGUUCAUUUUAGUUGCGUUGCUGUGGAGCCUAACAAUCUCAACGCAGCUCUACAUUCACCUCAAGCAGAUGCAGUCCACUGGUACUACGCCUCAUAGGAGUUCAUGUUCUUCAGCUUGCUGGUUCACACUGAUGCUAAAGACAGCGACAUGCUCAGGGUGUGUUCAGCAGCAUCACACAGCUCCUCCAGCGCGAGCUCACAACCUGCUGCUGCUGCGGAGCAGGAGGGGAGGGGGAGGCGCCCGGUGUCGACAUUCAUUUUGGGAGAUUGAGUAUUUAGUGGUUUCUUAUGCUUCGUGUGCGUGUGUUUGGUUUAUUGCUCGGUGCGCGGCGGUGUUUAGACUACAUGUACUGUGGUACGCUGGCCGCGGGGCAGCGGCGCGCGGUAAAUGAAAUCAAACGCAUCCUGUUUUUUUUCCCUCUGUGCUCUCUCAGUGGACCAAUCACAGACGACGCUGAUGUAAACACGGAAAUGGCUCAUGCAACUGAGCACAUAUACGAUAAAUGAGAAAGAAACUUAUCAUGUUUGUACAUGAACACGGUUUCAUUUCCCUUUCGCAAACGAGUGGGAGCGUUUUAGGAUAACUACUGUUUCUGUAGUUACAGCUCUUAUGAUCACGUUACUCGUCUGCCUCCCUCACUGAGCUCGUUGUUGUUGAAUUGAGAAUGGAGGAAGUCCACAAGAAGAUUCUUCAGCGCAACAGGACCAAUCUCGUGAGAGACUUGCACCCAUCAAACCUCUAUGAUGGCCUCCUUGAAAAAGGAGUGUUUACCCAAGACAUGAUCGAUGAGAUAAAGAGUGCUGGGACCAGACGUGACCAGGCCAGAAAGCUAGUCCAGGACCUGGAGACCCGAGGGAGUCGGGCCUUUCCGUUAUUUCUGGUGUGCCUCGAGCAGACGGGCCAGCACGGUUUGUUAGAGCUUCUUCAGUGUGGGGCUCCAGCAGUUCAGCUGCAGCCUGCGACUCCCAAUCAGGUUGACCUCCCUGUUGUCCCGCCUCUCCCACUUUCCCUUCCUACUGAUGUUGAUCAGCAGAGAAAAGACGUUGUCCCCGUCUAUCCAACACAGAAACCCAGUCUUACUCCCAGUCCAUCCCCUGAAAGGGAGUCCAUGAGAACAAGGCCACCAGGCAGAAUUAGACGGGACAGUAUUCAGAGCUAUAAAAUGGAUGCCAGCCCUUGUGGACAUUGCCUCAUAAUAAACAACGUAGAGUUUGAACCCGAGAGUGAGCUGAGCAAUCGCAAAGGGUCCAACAUAGACUGUGACAAGCUGGAGGGAAGAUUCAAGGCCCUCAACUUUAUUGUGGAAGUUAAGACCAACCUGAAACAAAGACAAAUCAAACAUGCACUGUCAGCUUUAUCUAAGAAAGACCAUUCACAAUACGACUGCUGUGUGGUUAUCAUGCUGUCCCAUGGGACUGAGGUGAGUCACAACCGCUUCCCUGGCGCCGUGUAUGGCGUGGACGGACAGCAUGUCCCAGUCCAGCUCAUCACAAACUACCUCAAUGGCCAGCAUUGUCCGUCAUUACAGGGCAAACCUAAACUUUUCUUCAUCCAGGCCUGCGGAGGAGGUGAGCGAGACACAGGAUUCGAGGUGUCCCCUGAUGAGGUUGAACCGUCCAUCGGUGGAGCAGACGAUCAGACGGACGCCAUCCCGAUGUCAUCCAGCAGCGACUCUCUGAGCACGUCCGACGAACUGGACGCCAGAGCCACGCUGCCGACCCCGAGCGACAUUCUGGUGUCCUACUCUACUUUUCCAGGUUAUGUUUCUUGGAGAGACCCCCAGGCCGGCUCGUGGUACGUUGAGACACUUGACGGUAUUCUUGAGGAAAAUGCUGCGACCGAUGACUUGGUCACAAUGUUGAUGAUGGUUAACCAUGACGUCUCCCAGAACUCUGCGAAAGGGCUCUACAAGCAAAUGCCUGGUUCCUUUAACUUCCUCCGCAAACUUCUCCACUUUCAAACCCAAGCAUAGCGGCAAAGUUCAGCUUUGCACUUCUCAGUUUCACUUUCAGGGAAUGUUAGUCUAUUUCAAUACCAUAAGGCAGGGGUGUCGAACUCAAGGCCCGCGGGCGCCACGUCAUUUAAUGUGGCCUGCGAAUCCACCAGCAAAAAAAAAAAGUAAAGUUAGAAUUGAUAAUAAAAAUAUCCCCGUCGAAAAUUCUGAGAU